AUGGGCGACGACACCAGCAUGCCUGACGCCGAGGCAGUGCGUGAGAACACGCUCAUGUAUGGCCACGACGAGGAGUUGGACGAGAAGUACCCGACUCGGCCCUUGAAUGAGCACAAGACACCGCCAUUCCACACGCUUUUCACCGAGCUGUUCAAUCCACUCAUGGAUACUCAGAAGAGGAGGCAUCCUGUUGGGCCCCGCCGAAAAACUGGUCCGUCAGGUCACUCGAACCUCUCGCCGCACGAAGCCAAGAGGAACAUCAUCGAACGCUUCAUCAAAGAUUGGCGAAAGAAGGUCGGCAAUGACUUCUACCCAGCCAUGCGACUCAUCAUCCCUGAAAAAGAUCGAGACAGAGCUAUGUACGGCCUGAAAGAGAAGGCCAUCGCUAAGGUCUUGAUCAAACUUACUAAGAUCAGUAAAGACUCAGACGAUGCGAAACAGAUGCUCAACUGGAAGCUACCUGGCCAGUUGUACAAAGCCACCUCUUCGACCGCUGGUGAUUUUGCUGGUCGCUGCUAUGAAGUCUUAUCUACACGCCAGAUGCGUACUCAAUACAGUGACAUGAGUAUUGCUGAAGUCAACAGCGCUUUGGACAAGCUGUCGCAGGUCGGCUCAGAAGAUGAGCAAGUCAAGAUCUUCAACAGAUUCUACAGGAGGAUGAAUGCUGAAGAGAUGACUUGGCUGAUCCGCAUGAUCCUUCGUCAGAUGAAAAUCGGAGCUACCGAGAAGACCUUCCUCGACAUGUGGCACCCUGAUGCUGAACAGCUUUUCAAUAUAUCCUCAAACCUCAGACGUGUAUGCUGGGAACUCUACGACCCAAUGAUUCGACUUGAAGGUGAUGAUACAGGCCUCAGUGUAAUGCAAUGCUUCCAGCCGCAACUAGCACAAUUCCAAGACAAGGUCGGCUCAUUCGAGAAGAUCGUAUCACGAUUCCAACAGAACCCUGACGAUGACAAUUUCUGGAUUGAAGAGAAGCUCGACGGUGAACGUAUGCAACUUCACAUGAUGGAAGAUCCCGACGCGCCCGGCGGAAGGUUAUUCGGUUUCUGGUCGCGCAAGGCAAAGGACUAUGCCUACCUCUAUGGCAAGCACCUUGAAGGCGAGGAAGCAGGCGCUUUGACACGCUUCAUCGCAGAUGCGUUCGGCAAGAACAUUCGCAACAUCAUCCUUGACGGCGAAAUGAUCACCUGGGACAUGGAGACAGACCACAUUGUCGGCUUUGGCACACUGAAGACUGCAGCAAUAUCAGAGAAGGAGAACAAGACCAACAAGAGCACUGGCCAGCGUCCCCUCUUCCGCGUGUUCGAUUGCGUCUAUCUGAACGACAAGCUCUUAACACCAUACAUGUUACGCGACCGUCGUCGAGCACUAGAAGGUGCGGUUAAGAAUGUUCAUCGACGACUGGAAGUUCAUCCUUAUAUCGACGCACGCUCGCACACUGAAGUCGAACCAGCACUGCGAAUGGUCGUGGCUGAGUCUUCCGAGGGUCUGGUGCUAAAGAACCCUCGGUCCAUGUAUCGCCUCAACGAACGUAAUAACGACUGGAUGAAGGUAAAACCUGAGUACAUGUCUGAAUUCGGCGAAUCGCUUGACUGUGUUGUGGUUGGUGCCUACUAUGGCUCAGGUCAUCGGGGCGGCGCUCAUUCUUCCUUUUUGUGCGGAUUGCGCGUCAAACAAAAUGCCAAACCCAGUGAUCCAGACUAUGAGAAAUGCUUCUCUUUCUUCAAAGUUGGAGGAGGAUUCAGCCGCGAAGAUUACGCUGCUAUACGAGGCCGUACGGAAGGCAAAUGGAAAGAUUGGGAUCCUAAGCGUCCACCUCCUACCAUCGAGCUCGGUGGUCACACAGAAAACCGCCAAUACGAGCGUCCCGACCAAUGGAUCCUUUCCAGUGACUCUGUCGUUCUUGAAUGUAAAGCAGCCAGCGUGGAAGGCAGCGAUAAGUUUCGCAUGGGGCGUACGCUCCGAUUUCCACGCUUCAAGCGCCUCCGCAUUGACAAGCGGUGGGACCAAGCCCUGAGCGUCCACGAAUGGGUUGAGCUACAGGUCGAUGUUGAGCAAACUCUUGAGGAGAAACAGCAAGAGUUCAAGAUCGAGCAGUCCCGUCGCAAGAAAGCCAGGGUCACAAAGAUGCCGCUCGUGAUUGCAGGUGACGAAGCUGUAACGACUCCCUAUGUAGGCCCAGAGUCGAAAGUAUUUGAAGGUCUGACCUUCUAUAUCAUGACCGACCAACUACACCCUAUCAAGAAGAGUAAGGCUGACCUCGAAGCACUUGUCAAAGCCAACGGCGGGAGGAUCGUGCAGCGUGACUUGGCCGACAGAAGUCUUGUCAUUAUUGCAGACAAGCGGCUCAUCAAAGUGGCGUCUCUCGAGAAGCGAAACACAAACAACAUUGUCAAACCUAUCUGGCUGUCUGACUGUAUAGUUCAGAAUGAAGCUGAUGUCGGUGCUUUGCCGUACCUACUGCCAUUCGAACCAAACCGCCACAUGUUCUUCCUCCACGAUAAUGAACUGGAUGUUACAGAAGGCAACGUAGAUGGGAACGGGGACGCGUAUGCGAGAGAUAUCGGAGAUGUCGAUGAAAUGAGAAAGUUGCUUGGAGGCAUGCAGAAGCCAAGAGCAAAGAAGAAUUUCGAUAAGCAACGCUUUCUCAAUCAGCUCCAAGGUCACAGAGAAGAAGUCAACAAGUUGAGAAGCUAUAUGUUCGUUAAUAUCAAGGUCGCCUUCCAAGUCAAUGAAGACCCUGUCUGGAGUCUCAAGACAAGAAUGGCAGCGAACUACAUCCGCUUUGGAGGCGGCUCGGUGGUUGGAAAGGAAGCUGCAAAGGGAAUCACGCACAUCGUCGCUCCAGAUGGUGAGAAGGGGAGUAGCACGAAGAUCACUGACAUGGCGAGAGUGGUGGGUGUUGCAUGGGUGGAGAAAUGCUGGGAAGAGGGCACAAUGGUCGACGAAGAGAGGUUCCAGUGGGGAUGA